GAGUUUCCCUAUUGUCAUCCUAGCUGGAGUGCAAUGGUGCCAUCUUAGCUCACUGCAACCUCACCCUCCUGGGUUCAAGUGAUUCUCCUGCUUCAGCCUCCCAAGCAGCUGGGAUUACAGGCACACACCACCACAUUUGGCUAAUUUUUGUAUUUUUAGUAGAGACAGGGUUUCACCAUGUUUGUCAGACUAAUCUUGAACUUCUGACCUCAGGGGAUCCACCCACCUUGGGCUCCCAAAGUGUUAGGAUUACAGAUGUGAGCCACGGCACCCGGCCUUGACUAAAUCUUUAUGAUUUAAAACACAAAUAUCCAAAGAAAGGACUCAGUUAUUCUCUAAGUGGAUAGGUCAAGAGCAAACUAGAAGAGACUUGUCAUGUCUACCCAGUUGACUUUCAUUUCAGCAUUUCAGUGCCAUUGCUUCCCUACUUCCCAAUGGCAGGUUUAAGUCAUCAUCUCAGUCCUCUUAGUCAAAAACUUGUCCUAAAUCAGUGCCUCAGCCCAGCCUGGUGGCUCACGCCUGUAAUCCCAGCACUUUGGGAGGUGGAGACGGGUGGAUCACCUGAGGUCAGGAGUUCGAGAUCAGCCUGGCCAAUAUGGCAAAACCCCUUCUGAACUAAAAAUACAAAAAUUAGCCAGACGUGGUGGUGGGCGCCUGUAAUGCCAGACACUCAGGAGACUGGGGCAGGGGAAAUGCUUGGACCUGGGAGGCAGAGGUCAUAGUGAGCCAAUGUCGCACCACUGCCCUCCAGCCUUGGCAAUAGAGCAAGACUCCAUCUAAAAAAUAAAUAAAUAAUCAGUGCCUCUUCUGUCUAGCCUUUGCAUCAUGUGAACCACUGAGAGUCUAUGCCCUUUGAUGCAGUCUGCUGUCCUUGAAUUUCUUUGAAAUUUGUUGUUUAGUUGGCAAAUAGGACACAGCUGUCUUCUGAUUUAGAGAAUGCCUUAAACCAGUUACCUCCUACCUUAACUUGAUCACUUAAAUGGAAAACGCUACUGCUCCAACAGAGCAGAAAUGAUAUAAAAACUAUUUCUGAUUUGAGUAUCUUGCCUCGUGAAUUGCCAUGGCUACUGGUGUCUCUGAGGGAAGAAAAUACAAAAUAAAAAAUAAAAACACAGGUUUUACAAUUCCCACAAGUGGUAAACCUACUUUGCAUUACUUAAGAAAAGCUUUAAAGGUACAAUGAAGAUGUUUAAGCCGAUGACAAUUUAUGCCCAAAACAUUACAAUAAUCCAAUGAAAUCAAAUAGCAUUUUAAAAAGUAAUAGAUUUGUGUAGAAAUUGCUGAUAGCAUCAAUGCAUGCUGGGAAUGGAACUUUUACAGAUAAUGGGCUGUAUCAGUUUUGGCUGAGGAGUUAUUUGGCUUUUCAUUUGUAAAUAAGACAGUAUUCUUUUCCCCUUAAGGAGUAUUUAAGCCAUUUAUUAAUAAAAGAAAACGUAUAUAUCUCGUCCAUGAUGGUAGAAUUGGCCAAAGCAAUCCUGGCUUUUGGUCUUACAAGUCUGAAUUUGGAGUGACAUAAAUAGGUUGUUUAAAUGACAGCAUUCUAUAGUCGAAGAUGACUGGACGUAGAAUCCGAAUAUUUGUAGAGUCUUUGCUGUACUGUUAAUUAUUAUUUAUUUAGCUUUCCAUAUCAAUUCUUUACUAAGGUUUAUAUGAUCUGGCCCAAGGGUACCUCCCCAGCCCCAUUUUAUGGUCUUUACUCCUCACUUGCUUAUUUCAGCCUCUGUACCAUAUCUUGCACAUUCCAAAGACACCCUCCCACUGCAGGCUUUUCUGUAGUCACUGUCCCUGUGACUGCAAUGUGUUUCCCCCAAAUGCAGGCUGGCAUUUGUUAAGCAGAUCCAACAUGUUACAAGGUGUUUAAAUGCUUCAUGUGUUUAUCUGGGUUGCUUCUCGCAAUUACUGUAUGAAGUGAAUAGUGAUAUUUGAUGGUUGAAGAAACUAGAGGAGAUGAAAGCAGAAGAGGCAGGGUUGGAACCCAAGGCAGUCUGGAUGGGUUCCAAGGCAUUAACACUACGUAUUCUCACGGUGCACAAUACCUUGAGAAUGGCUCUCACCCUUGCCUUGGUUUUAGGAAAGCAUUUUCCCAAGCUCUUCCUUGGAGAGCAUUUUCCUAUCUUGUUUAAAGUGAAAUCUCUGUGACUUUGUUUCUAUUUACUCUGUUUCACAUUUCCUUACAGCGAUAUAUAUUUCCUGACAUUGUACUGCGUAUUUACUUGUUUAUCCCAUUGUUUGUUCCCCCCAACCCCUCCCCCCACCUAAUAUAAACUCAAUGAAAGAAAGACCUUAUUCUGAUUCAUGUGCCUCUAUAUCCUGCACCCAGGUCAGUUCUUGACCUGUGACAAGGAGUGAAAUGUACUGAAAGAGGGAUCUAAGUCAGGUUGAAAAUUUUAAUUAUGUUUCACAUUUUAUUCUCCAAACAUUUACUGAACACCCAUUUUGUGCUCAACUCUAGGCAAGUUUUUGGAUAUGUAAAGGCAAAUGAGAACGAUGUGACCUCCUGCUCUCCUAGAGUUUAGAACAUCAUGGAAGAAACAAACAAUAAGCAGGCAGAUGCAUGUAGAAUAAGCCUUCGGUUAGGGCAAAUAGGAAGUGCAGCAGAGAAGGUAGGGUUUAGAGAAAGCUACUUUGAGGAGGUGAUAUCCGUACUGAGACCUGAAGGACAGGCUAAAGGGUAAGAGAGGGGGAGAUGGAGUUGAGGGAGCACUCCAGGAAGAGGGAAUGACAGAAGGCUCUGAGAGCAUGUUCUGUCCUGAAUGUAGCUCAGUGUGACUCGGGUUUGGGAUGUGAGGGGCAGAGAUGAAGGUCUGAGAGGAGAGUAGACAGCCAGGGUCAGACAGCUCAAGUGUCCUGAAACCUAUUCGAAAGAUUCAGGACUUUAUUGUCUGAGAAAUAUGAUGCCAGAGAAGGAUUUUUAACGCAGUGUCAUUUUUAGUUUCGGAUUCAAUGUACUGCCUUCAGCCAGGAGAGUUGGCAGUAUUUCCAUUUUACAGAUGGGACAACUGAGGCGUCAAAUAACACAUUUAAGAGAUAGGUGGGGUUGAUUUAAUGUUCAGGGUCUCCUAACUCUCCUAACUCCUGCCCUCCAUCCUUCCUUGUCUCCUUCUGAUUGUUAUUCUUGCCAAAAGUAAAACAUAAAACUGUUUACCUGCCAUCCUUACUUUUAUCCAGGGAACACGUAUGCACUCACACAGCUUCCAGAAACCAGUUCCCCUCAGCGGAAGCCAGUUGCUUCAGGGGCGGUGUGGCUUGCAUGUGGAUGGACACCAUGUGUCCAUUGAUCCCAAAUUCUCUGUUCUCCUUGACUAGGAAGCUGGAUUUGUACCAGGGACCUUUUAUCUAAAUAGGCAACUCCGGGCUCGGGAGAACAGAGCCGACUUGACAAAGUAGAAAAGAGCUCAGUCCUGGUCUGCCCACGCUUUGGGCAUGCGUGAGCACUCACAGCAAAACACAGCUGGCACGUCUAAUUUUAGCUUCGCCCGCCUUGAAAAGGGACCCUUUAAGGAAAUAUAUUUUCUCUGAAACAAUUUGUAUUAUAAUGUAGCAGCUGAUAGACAUGACAGAAUAUUAUCAUUGGUGGGAAAAAACUCUGCCAAGUAAUUAUGAUUUUUGUCCUUUUUUUUUUAGAUGCUUUAAAGUGUUUAAAGCAUCAUGCAUCAAAAUAAUCAGAGACAAUGGGAGAAACAGAUUUUAUUUGUAAAAAUCUGAUAAACCUAAGGGAUUACCUCCUUUGAUUUUUACAAAAUGGAUGUAAUAAAAAGAGUUACUAUUUUUGAUAUAUUUAGUUGAUCAGUCCAAUCUGAUGACAUGUAGCAUGCUAUGGUAGUCCUGAAGUAGACCCUAAAAUUUCUUCAAUACUUAGUAUCCUCCAGGUCUUCCAGGUGGUAAAAGGUUAGUUUCUCAAUCAGCUAUUGGAUUCAUCUGGCUCUAGUGUGUUAACAGAUUUCGAAAGCAUCCGGGACUUACUUUUUCCCCCGUUAACCAGCGAGGAUAGUUCCCCUGCCUUCAUUUCUUUUCCUUUCUCCUCCUUCCUUCUUUCGUCCUCUCUUCCCUCUCUUCUGUGUUUUGUUUAGCGGCGUGGCUUACCUUGGAACUUGGCGAAAAGAAGAACAAAAAGCAGCUCUUGUGUGGGGUAGAUGGAAGGAGGGAUAAGAAAUAUUCCACCGCCCGCAUUUGAGUUCCUCAGGUUCAGUUCCAGCGGCAGCAGCGUUGCUGCAAAAAUCGCUUGCUAUUCGAGAUAGCCAGCAGAGGGAAUCGGAACUUUGUUUGCAGCAGGGGUUGAAGCAGCCUUUUUUUUUUUUCUUGGAGGAAAUACUGCAGCCUUCUGGACUGCGUACGCUGCUCCCUGGAGAGGCUCUCUCGGUUCCACCCACCGGCUGGAAGGAGGGGAAGUGAAUGAAAGGACAGGACAAGCCCCGAACACCAUGUCACUCUGGGAGGGAGACAGCAGCAACUAAGCUGUGCAAGGUUUUUUUUUUUUUUUUCUUUUUCCCCUUUCUUUUUCUUUCUUUUUUUCCCCCCCUUUAUUUCUUUUUCUUUCUUUCUCUGUCUUUUUUUUUUUCUUUCUUUUUCUUUAAGGUGGGGAAAGAGACAACCAGGAGACAGGAAGCUGAUCCGCAAGGAUUCGGAGUUGUGCUAAAAGGACUUUGAUUUUUUUCCCCCUUUACAAACGCUGGCAAUUGACAUCACUACAGACAGCCUGGUUAGAGAACAAACUGCCUCAUCCCAAGUGGACCCCAGCGGCUGGGGGAAGCCAGGCAAGAUCUGGGAAGGCUGUGUGUGGGUGUUUUUUUCUACAGAUCUCACUCCUCACGCUUUUUUUUUUCUUUUUGCUUUGGUGUGUGUGUUUUUUGUUUUGUUUUGUUUUUUAAAAAAAUUCUUGCUGUGUUGGAACUAGCGAGUGGUGGAGUCUCUGAAGCCUCAUCAGUCACCGGGACUGUCAGGAAUAGUGGUUUAAGAGGAAGCUCGGCCUGGGGCACUAUACCCUGUCAUCCAGUUCCCUGCCUCGGAGAUAAAGAUUCCAGCUACAUGGGCAAACGCCUGGAUCAGCCACAAAUGUACCCCCAGUACACUUACUACUAUCCUCAUUAUCUCCAAACCAAGCAGUCCUAUGCACCAGCUCCCCACCCCAUGGCUCCUCCCAGCCCCAGCACAAACAGCAGCAGCAACAACAGCAGCAACAACAGCAGCGGGGAACAGUUGAGUAAAACCAACCUGUACAUUCGAGGUCUCCCACCAGGCACCACUGACCAGGACCUAAUCAAGCUGUGCCAACCGUAUGGAAAAAUUGUAUCUACAAAGGCAAUUCUUGACAAAAACACAAAUCAGUGCAAAGGUUAUGGUUUUGUAGAUUUUGACAGUCCUGCAGCCGCACAGAAAGCGGUAGCAUCUCUCAAGGCAAAUGGCGUGCAGGCACAGAUGGCUAAGCAACAAGAGCAAGACCCAACAAACCUAUACAUCUCAAAUCUCCCCAUUUCUAUGGAUGAGCAGGAACUUGAGAACAUGCUGAAACCCUUUGGACAUGUCAUUUCCACAAGAAUUCUAAGAGACGCUAAUGGAGUCAGCAGAGGUGUCGGCUUUGCCAGAAUGGAGUCUACUGAAAAAUGUGAAGUGGUAAUUCAACAUUUUAAUGGAAAAUAUCUGAAAACACCACCAGGCAUCCCAGCCCCCAGUGAGCCUUUGCUGUGCAAAUUCGCUGAUGGAGGACAAAAGAAGCGACAGAAUCAAAGCAAAUAUACCCAGAAUGGGAGGCCUUGGCCCAGGGAAGGAGAGGCUGGCAUGGCUUUGACCUAUGAUCCCACAGCUGCCAUACAGAAUGGAUUUUAUUCUUCACCGUACAGUAUUGCAACCAACCGCAUGAUUCCACAGACAUCUAUCACACCAUUCAUUGCUGCUUCCCCUGUCUCCACAUACCAGGUCCAGAGUACUUCAUGGAUGCCUCAUCCGCCAUACGUUAUGCAACCAACAGGUGCUGUGAUUACACCAACCAUGGACCAUCCCAUGUCAAUGCAGCCAGCCAACAUGAUGGGUCCCCUGACACAGCAGAUGAAUCACCUUUCGUUGGGCACAACAGGAACGAUUCAAUCCCAAGACAGGAUUAUGAUACUCCACCAGCUGUUGUGUCAGUAUAUGACUGCUGCUGCUCCUAUGCAAGGGACCUACAUUCCCCAGUACACGCCUGUGCCUCCGACAGCUGUUUCUAUUGAAGGUGUUGUUGCUGAUACCUCUCCCCAGACAGUGGCACCUUCAUCCCAGGACACCAGUGGUCAGCAGCAACAGAUAGCAGUGGACACAUCUAACGAACAUGCACCUGCAUAUUCUUACCAACAGUCUAAACCAUAAACAGGACUGAAGAAUGUCCGUCUGAAUCUUUGCCUUGAAUGAAGAAACUUCAUUGAACAAGAAGUUGGCUUCCAGUUUGCACAGACGUCAAUGGAAUGCAUUUUUUUUUUAAGUUUUAUACUUUGCCCAGUGAAAAAGUUUUUAUGUGCUGUGCAAAUGGUCUUCAUGUGGUCUGACAAUUAUUUUUGCCAUCUUUUUUUAAUUAAAGAAAAAUUUUCCAGAAGAGGGGAAAAAAAAAAACAAAACUAAGAAGUAAAAUAUCAAAGGUUGAUAUUUUAUCUGGAAGGACAUUUGAAAUGAAUUCAAAAUUUUCCUGAAGGUGUAGAUACAUUUUUUUUUUAAAACAGAAAACCUGAUGUCAAGAAGUGGGAAAUAGAAAUGGAAACAAAUUGUCUUCCUCAAUGAUUAAGCUACUUUCUCUUUUUCCCUUCUUGUUUAAAUCUAGUGGGGUUUUUUUUUUAAUUUUAUUUUUUUCUUAGAAAUAUUUAGGUAAGGUUUAUCUUGAAUCUUAAUUGCCUUAAUUUUAAGGACGUCAAAGGCUCUCGAGGCAAGCUGUCAACGUCUUGUUAAAAACAAAAAUCAAGAAAGAAUUGAAAUAUUGUGCCGGCUUUAACUGGUACAGAAGUUUAAGACUGAGUUUUUAGGGUGAAAAAAACUGUACAGUUUAAAUGAAAAUGUUUUUCUUCAUUUGAAGAAAAUUUGUUGAUAAAGAAACCAUGGCAACUGCAAGAAUUGGAAAAAUGCUGGGACUUUUCAUGAACUUUGUCUUAAGUGUUGACAUGACUCAUUCUAAAAGGCUAAAACAUUUUACAGUAAAGUUAUUAAUGUUGGUUUAAAAACAACUGCAUUAGAAAUAAUGCGUGUUUGGGGGCAGAAUGCAGAUUUUUUUAAUUUACAAAGCGUGAUCGCUAGCAAAAGCAUUAGUGCUUUUUAUCUGCAGUCUUUUUUAUGAGCUUUACAAACUUUUUAGUCAGCUUUGCUUGUCACAUUGCAAAACCUAGCUUAAGAGCAUUAAAAAAAAACUUAAGUAGAUAGGAGCUUAUGGUCAAAAAGUGCAAAAAAAAAAAAACAAAAAAAAGCAAUAGAUAGAGAAAUUGUUGACAAUUUCUGUAGUCUUUCCUAGUUGUGAUCAAAUUCAGCCUAUGGAUGGCCUAUUUUAUACCAAAGAUGAAGUGACACCCUAUUACAGUCCAGAAGAUAGAGGUUGUUUUUCUUUUCUUUUCUUUAAAAAAAAAAAAAUUUAUUUGACCGACAUGGCCGGACCAGUUCUUACUUUGUUGGUUUAAACUACCUUCCACUGGUGUUUUACAUACUGCAAAAAAGGAGGGUGGGGGGAGUUGUCUUUCUUUUCUUUAAAUGUCUAUUCAUUGAUAGCAGAAGCUUGCACCUGUGUGUUUAGCAGUUUCAGCAUGAAGAGUUCCGGAUGUCAACUGACAGAGCCAAAAGACUUCAAAUUCUGUGAGCUUUCCUGGUCUCUCACUGGCCAUCUGGAAUAGUGAAACCUGUAUUGAUAGCCACUAGUAAACUCAGAUGCUUACUUAACAGGUUGAAUAUUCUUUAUAUGAAUUUUCAGCUAACAACACUUUCUGAACCCGGUCUGAAAGGUCACUUGCCAAAAAAGCUUAGUGAUUUUCUGUGAAAUGUUGAGUGGUCUCCUGGAGAGGUCUCACUGUAUUUGUGACAAUAGUCUUCCCUCUAAAUUACAACAUCUCUGGGUUUUGUCUUCUCACCUCUGUCUUUGUCAUCACCUACCAUGAAUAGUCACCUUGGUUUUGCAAAUGGGGAGGGGCUAUCUUCUUUUUGCCUCUUUUCAUUGUAUUUUCAUAUCUUGGUGUUGCCAAAAAAACUUUUUCUUUCAGAUUAAUUCUUUGAGGCAUGUAGGACCAAUAAGAUUGAGAAUUCUAUUAGUGGAAUUUAGGGAUGUUAUUAAAAUGCUAGUUGACAAUCAAGAAACUGUAUGAUUUAGAUCAAUCAGAACCAAAAGAAUUAGGUUUGAUCAAUCAUUUAAGCCAAAGGAGAAAUACUUGCAUUUAGAAUGAUGCAAAACUUUGUCUAAAAUGAAUUAAAUUGACUUACCUAUAAAAUACAUCUACAUUUUUGAUUCAUGAAAUAAUAUGUGUUCAACCUGUACAGUUUUACCUCAAUUUAAGGACAAUGGAAUAGAAUUUUGUUAAGUGAACUAUUCACUAGAUUGCUUUCUGAAUGAAUCCUUUGAAUCAAAUAGGUAAAACUCUUUUCACGACUGAAGUCAGUCACAGGAGCCUGUCUUAGCCCACAAAAAAAAGACGAAAAUGUAUUUGAGUAUACUAUAAAACAGGGUAGGCUUUUAAAAACUAAAAAGUUUUAAAGGUAAAUCAUAUUCCCAUUAGGGCAACAUGAGUAAUAAGGCUGACUCAAUACGAAACUGUCAAUAUUCCACUACUUAUGUAGACUCUGGUUCUCUUAUACUUGCAUCGCCAUUAAUUGGAAGCUCAAAUCAGAGAAUGACUGCACAUAUUUAUGGUCACAUUGGAGACAAACGUGUAUCCAAGAAAAUGGGUGUGUUACAGAGAAAUUCCAACUGGUCACACCCACCAUUACGGUUUUUCAUGCUUUGGAGAAAAUGCUAGAUUUAUACUGUCUUUUGUCCCAUCCUUCAGCUUCCCAUGCAUUGUAAAGGUGGCACUUAGGUUUUUAUCUUUAAAAAGUGGGCCCCAAAGAUUUUGGGGGUACAGAAAAACAUGUAUGGGAACCAUAUUUUCUGUUUCUCUUUUUCACUCUCUAAACUCUUUGUAUAAAUAAGGAUUAUCCUGGGCAUAAUUCAUUUGAAUAUGAAACCAACAUACUUUCUUUCAUUUCUGUGGAAAAAAAAAUCAAAAACAUGUAUUAAUGUGAUACAAAGAAAGUCUCAUUUACACAAUCGACAAUGAGGCUAAGAGGUAGCUACCAUGUGGCUGACGAAUGUGCCUAGGUAACUUCCUGUUUCUAUUCAAAACUGCUGCUUUAUUUGUACAUUCAAAAAUAUUUUUUUCAACUCUGAAACUUCAAUAAUCUCAAUUUUUAAGCCACUUUCUGCAAAAGGAAAUUACCUGCGUGUAGAUUUUGUGUUUGGAUAGUUUAUAUCAUGCCAUUCUAUAACAUAUAUGUUUUCAAACCAAAAAAAGAAAAAAAAAAGUGUCUGUUGUCUUACCUAAGACUUGUUUUGAAAAGCCAAGUCUGGGAGAGAAAAAAGAAAGCAUCAGCAGGUAAGCAGCAUUACAUUGUGUGAUAAUAAACCAAAGUAAGUGUUCAAUAUACAGACAGCAGAAUUCAAGUUUAAUCAACAAAAUAUACUGUAGUGAUUUUAAUCCUAAUUAAAACUAUAAUGUUUUUUGAAGUUGAAGUUAACUUUCUAUGGAUUCUGGUCCACCAGGUUUUCAAGCAUUUAUUCAGAUGUUUCCAUUUUUCCUUUUGACUUGAAUUGCCAAGACUUAGCCUAAACAUCAGGAAACAAACUAAAGCCACGAUCCAAAUGAGAGAAACACGGUCUCAUCUAAACUCUAGUUUCGUGGUCAGUGAAACAGUAAGUUUUCUUUUAAUAAUGAGAAAAGUGUUGCCAAGAAAGGCCAAGUGUGCAUGGUAACUGGGAACUCCCCAGUACGUGGCCAUGUCUUCUGAAGACAACGUAAUGAACCCAAGUGAACUGAAGAGAAUACUGGCAGGUGCUAAUGACCGUUGUCCUUGAAUGCUGACAUGUCUUGAAUAUUGCGACUGUCACCAUACUCUUAAAAAAUCCUCUACCUGACUCUAGUUUUGCCGGGAUUAGUUUGCUUCCUUGAUAAAUUUCAAUAUUUCAGAAUGUUACCUCCAUAUUUCACUUGAGUUACUUCUUCCUGUGACCUUAGCAGAUCUGUCACAUUUGAAAGCAUAUGACUCACUUCCACCCCCUUCUAAUGAAAAACUGCAUGGUGUUAAAAGCACUCCCAUUAGAUAUACGACUGAGAACUGAAGAAGGCUAUAUAAAGCAGGAAGUUAACUUUAUUUUACUAUACCUAAAAAUCUAUCUUUGGACCCCUUGUGAAGUGCUUUAAAACUACUUUCAAUUUAUGUAUGACCCAAAAAAGUAAUUAAUGUUUUCCCCCCCAAAUAAAUAAUUGGAAUAUUUGCUAAAUACCUAUUUUUUAUUAUAGUGGCCUAAAAACCCCUAUUAAUGAAAAGAGAAAUUUGAUGUAAUUAGGACUCUUGCAAUCAUCUUCACAAUGAGGAGAAGUUUCAAUAGGCUGUCUAGACAGAUGAUGAUAUUAAUAGAUUAAAAUACAUUCGGCAAUUCAUUUUCAUUCUUAAUUUCAGUCCAUGAACCACUGCAGAUGAGCUGAUAAGCAGAGAGAAAUUCUCAAGUGGGUUUCAGUAAUAAAUGUUUUUUAUAUGAUUUGAAAUCAAGUAAAGGGACAAUAUUUAUGUACGUGUAUAGCAACAUUCAGCACAUUUGAGGAAUCACACGCUAUAAUAAAGUUUCAACAUGUCAUAGAACGUUGAUCUAUAUUACUUUCUCUUCAGUAAAAAGUAAAGGAUGAGAUUUUGUCUUCCAAGUUAUUGUAGCUGGCAUGCUUCAAAAUUUUGAGCUCACUGAGACUGACAGCCUCUCACUUCAAUCUGAGGGAUUGACAGAAUUUAAACAGGCUCAUUGAUUCUGUACACUCUACCCUUUCUGUGGAAAGUGAUAAUGGGAUUUCAUUAAUGAAUCAAUUUGUUUUACAAAUGACAUCCACUGUGGCAUUGGAAGACAGCUGGGUCUGACUCAAGUUUAACAUUUCUUUGCAAACAUUCCCGAGUAUGAAAUUGGUCCUUUUAUCCAAACGCUCUUGGUCAUGGCUGUCCUUUGUGGAUUACAUAGAGUCCAGGAAAGUAUAAAAAACUAAACACUAAAUCCCCAAGUGGCCCCAAAGAUCUUUUAUGAUGUGGGAGACAGGAGUUCGCCCCAGAUUAAUUUCUUCUAUCUUUGGCUUUGUACUAUAACAUACAGAUGCUCUCUGUAGCAAAAAAAAAAAAAAAAAAAAAAGGGGGGGGGGAAUGAAUGGCUUUCCAUAUGCAUUUCUGUUUAUUUUUGUGAGGGAAAAUAAUAUAUCAAGAAAAAUUUCUUCCACUCAGAAAGCUUUAGGGCUGAAGUAGAGGUGUAGUAAGCUUGGAUCUGCAGGAAGAACCACUAGGCCACUGAGUCACACUUGAGCUUGUGUUGCUACUGCCCCAGUUUCUGAGUUGUGCAUAAAUACAAUCACUCUCACAUUUUUGAAGGGCUAAUUAUCUGCUCUGUGGAUGUGUGUUGUCUUUCCUUUUUAGCUUGUAGGCCUUGGGCUCAGUUUUUUAUUUUUCUUUUUAUUAGCAUGUCAUCCUGAGGGUGGGCAAAGAAACAACUGGAAAUAAAAUUUGAUUAUUUCUUAUCAAGUAUGAAUUUCUUAAGGGAGUUUGAAAUCAUUGGUAAAAUUAAUGUCCAUACAUUAUAUGCCAUACAUUUUGAUUAUCAAUCAUGUCUUUUUCUAUCUACCACAAACAAUUGACAGUUGGCUGUAUUCUUGCAGAAUAUACAGAAAAAAAUCAUGGAGAAUUUGGCUCCCCUCAGAAGAAAGCUAUUUUUGUUCUCUUCACUCCACUAAAUUCAAACCAGUAGCACGAAUCAACACAAUUUCUGCCAUGAGAAUAUAACAGGACCUCUUGGUACAGUCCUAUUCCUAGUUUUAAAUCUUUGACCAAAACCAAUGCAUUGCUUUUGUUAUAUUUUGACUUUGCAUUACUAUAUUAAGGCUGAAUGACUUCGACACUCCCGUGGAUGUUUUUAUGAUCACAUCAAAUUUAAAUAAUGUCCAAAGUAUAACUUUCACGUUACACUUUGUUUCAAACCCUCUAGUCUAAGGUUAUUGAGAAAGAUGUGCUUUCCUCUUCCCCCAAAUGUGUUAUCUCUUCAUAUAUUUUAAAAAAUGAGUUAUUCCAUGCUUUUCAAGAACUGUAAAAAUCGUUUCAAAGAGACACUUGAAAAAGUUUUCUCUAUUCUGGACACAAAUGCUUCCAUUUAUUUAAAAAGAAGAAGAAAAUUGGAAUCUUAAUUAAAAAAUAUAUGUAGUAGUAUAUGCUAUGAGAUACUCAGUUUCUUAAAAAAGAAAAAUGGGACACCGCUUCUUUUAAAACCCUCGUUUCAGUCCAUAUUCAACUUCAUGGAACUUCUGACACAUCAUUCAAUUUUGAACUUUAUUUAAGAGCAUUUCUGUGCUGCUGUCUCUUGUCAUGGAAAGUUCUGUAAUUCAAAGGUGUUUCUGGUUUUAUUUUUAAUUUCUUCAUCUGUACCACAGUCAAAUUAGCAACCAUCUCCCCCAUCCCUUGGGCUUUCUGUAGAUCAGUGGAUGUUAGGUUUAAACUUCUGUUUUCUUUGAUGAAGCUUUCAAUAAAAAAUGAAAAUAAAAUCAA